ACAGAAAAGCAGGCAAAAAGGCAAGGCGAAGGCACGCAGCAGUCGAAAAAGUUUUUCGAGUAAAAAUAAUUAAUAAGAAGCAUACAUCAUUUUUACCCAUCGAGAGAAAAGAAAACAUUCUCGAAUGCCAAUAUACCGAAUUAAACUCAAGGAAUUAGAGACGAAAAAGCAAUACCCAUAGCUUAGAAAAACCACCGAAAGGACAAGUAUUGCCCAAACGAAAACCCGAAAGUCACAAAAAUUAAACAAUGUCUUCGUGCCAGGAUUCAACGGAAGAUGAAGAUUCAAUUCCUCCACCAGAAUAUGAAGAUAUUCAAAAUGAUGCAAAUCAUGAUAUGGACGAUGAUGUAGAUGAAAGUGAAGAGUUUUGGGAUGAGUCAUAUAAGUUAAAAGCAAUUGAAGAAAGCAAUAGACAACAGGCAACAGCAAACUCUCAUCAACAACCAUCUCUACCUUCGGUCGCUACGAGUGAACCAUCUUCCUUGCAAUCAAAUGUUCCUACACCAAUGGAAGAAGACGAAAGUGAUGAGAUAAGUUAUGAUGAAGCUGAUGAAGCUUCUGAUGACGAUGACGAAGAAAGUAAUACUGGUUUAAAUCACAUUACAGGAGAUAGUAGUGGUGAUCUAUCAAAAUCAGUCAAAGCAACGAACACUAUUACACCUUCUAGUGCUUCAGUUACUGUUAACAUUACUUCUUCAAAUUGUCCCAAAAUCAUUACAAACACAAAUACAAAUAUCAAUACAAAAGAUAUGGUGUAUGUUUUUGAAAAUGGUAAAGUUACUAUACCAUCGAAAGCUGUUGCUGAAAGCAACCAAUUGCCUUCUAAACAAACUAAUCCACUUUUAUCUACGAAACAAGAACGGCCGCGAAGUAGCACACCAUCCAGUGGAAAGGGUACCAGAGAAUUUUUGGCAUUACAAAAAUCGUUUACCGAAUCCAAAGUUCUUUCAGAAUUUGUUAGUGAAACGGAACGUUCUCGAAAAUCUCGUAAACUUCCGCUCAAAUCAGAUGAUACAAAUAUGGCUCCAGAAAGUGAGAAGUUUCGAAUUUGUCGAGCACGAAGCAAAAGUUGCACUAAGACUGUAAUGCGGCCUUCAACAUCUUUAAAUAGUUCUGUUCCGCAAAGAUGGCCCUCUGACGAGAAAUUAAAUAAUAAAAGGGAAAACAUGCGUUCUCAAAAUACUGAAUUUGUUCAGAAGCAAAUGAAGUUCCUGAGUAGGGUAAAUCAAGAGCAAAUUGGUGAAGAGUUAAUAUCCGAAGCCUCGGACGGUGAGCAAUCUCUUAAUGAGAGCAGCAAAACGGCAGGAUCGUUGGAUAUAAAAGAUGACUGCUGGCAGCCACCACCUAAAGGAGGAGCAGAUAGUUACUGUUGGAAAUGCAGAAAGUGUGCGGAUCUUAUUGCCUGCUCAAAAUGCCCUAGGUCGUUCCAUGCGAAAUGUGUUAAACUUAACGCAAAUUUAUCACUACUAGAAAAGCCUUGGAUUUGUCCUGAAUGUUUGAAUUUGGAUAACUGUAUUAAUGGAAGCAGAAAAACCAAGAAACAAAAUCUUCCAACGGAUUUGCUCAAUCAAUUGUUGUUAUUUGCUCUGAAAAGAAUGAAGGAAGUUAAAGGGCACGAAAGAUUACUUGAUGUUCCUGAUCCAAUCGAAUGUCCUGCAUAUAGUAUGUACGUUGUUAAUCCGGUUACUCUAAAUUCUAUCCAGGAAAAAAUUGAGCGAAAGGAAUUUCGAUGUACUGAAGAAUUUGUUCUUGAGACGAAAUGGAUUCAGCAUAAUGUUUCAACAGCUUAUUCAGCAUUUACUAAUAAAGAUAUACUAGUUGCAAAAACAUUACUAAAAGUUUGUAGGCAAGAAGCAACAGAAAUCGAAACAUGUUCAGAAUGCUAUCUUAAUGCUAAUACACGUAAAGACUGGUUUUUGGAUGUUUGCAUAAAGCCACAUAUCCUAUUAUGGGCUAAAUUGAAAGGUUUUCCAUAUUGGCCGGCUAAGGGAAUGGGUCUCGGUCCAAAUUCUCUUCUUAAUGUGCGUUUCUUUGGUGAUCAUGAUAGAGCCUUUGUUCCCGUUAAAGACUGCUAUUUAUAUUCAGCAAUAGAUCCAAAUCCAUAUACGGGAAAGAGAUCGUUUAGACCAGGCAUUGCCGAUUGCAUAAAAGAAAUUGAUGUACAUAUACAAAAGAUUCGAGCUGUUGUGGGAGGUUUUUCGUAUGCCCCGCCGAAGACCCCUUACGAUCCAAACAAUGAAAUGAAACAAUUGGAAGAAAUGAUGCCUGGAGUACAUGAGUACAUUAAACGCCAGCAAGCAAUUCAAAAACCUCCUCUUACAUUAAAAAUAGUAAAGACAGCUGGAAAUAAUUUAUCUAUUAUUAUGAAAACUGAUUCAGGUACUGAUUCGGAUCAUUCCAGUCAAGGGUUGGAUAAGCAUCGAAAGUUAUUCCGAAGAUCCGAUGAUAAAAAUCAAGAGGAUAGCAAAUCAAAUGAUGUUUAUAUGUCAACGACUUCAAAAUCAAUACCUAAAACAUAUGCUAAUAAAUCGAACUAUGAGGUUGUUGCGAAACCAUUAAGCAAAGAUGAAUUAAGUUCGUCCAAGAUAAAUUCUGUAAUUUUAAAGAGAAAGUCAGAAGUGGUAUGUGUGUCGUCAAAAAUUAAGAAAUCCAAGAGUUCAGAAGAAGAUACGACGAUAGAGCUUCCAGCACAUAGAUCUUCAACUCCAAUCACUCUUCCAAAACAGGAGGAACCAAAAACUGAAGAAUGCAAGUCGGUAGUUGAGGUUAGUUCGGCUAAGAGAAAGCGAUCUUCUCGAUCUAGUGAACUAUAUUCAAAAACAUCUGGGGUAGUUUUAAAAAAUCCAGAAAACGCAAUUAUUAAAGAAAAUUCAGAAAACUCAACACAAUCUCUAAAGCAUAUAAAACCGGAAUCACCUCAAAACUCACAAGAAAAUCUACAAUCUGUAGAACAGGAAAAACCGAUUGAAGAGCAAAAACCGGUUGAAGAGCGAAAACCGGUUGAAGAGCGAAAACCGGUUGAAGAGCAAAAACCGACAGAACAUCAAAAACCGAUGCAAGAGCAAAAACUGUCAGAGGAACAAAAAACAGAAGAACAGCAAAAACCGGCACAACAAAUUUUACAACAACCACAGCAACCGUCUCUAUCACAGCAACCUCAACAACGGGAACAACAACAACAAAAACAAUCACAACAACAACCAAAUAAACAACAACAACUGCAGCAAGAAGCUCAAACACACGAGCAACAACAACUAAAAAAACCGCAUCAACAACAGAAUCAACAACAUUUACAGCAACAAUACCAACAACAAAAGCAACAAAAACAACAGCAACAACCACAAAAGCAACAACAACAAAACCCACAACAACAAAAACAGCAACAACAACAACAGCAGCAAAAACAACAACAACAGCAAAAACAACAACAGACACAACAACAACAUCAAAAACACCAACUAAAUCACCAGCAACAACUUCAAAAACAACAUCUGCAACAAAAGCAACAAAAGCAACAGCAGGAACAACCACAACCAAAACUUCAGCAAUUGCAAAAAUCCGAACCAACUCCACAAAAAACUAUUGAACCUGACGCCCCUACGGAUUCAAUGUCGAAAUUUGUACAAAAUCGACAAGGAGUCACAAUAAAAAAAAUUACAUCAAACACCCAAAGUGGAAUAACAACUUACUUUGUUAGUGAUGAACGGUGCCAUAAUCAAUCUACUGAUGACAAGAAACAAUCUCCAACACAAAAAAUGUCGCCUCAGCAAAGACCUUCGGCUUCCCCUCCUACAAAACCUACUUCCUCCACAUCCACACCGAUUCAAUCUCUAUCGAGUUCGGUUACAACUACAAAACCACACACCCCUAUACUAGCAUCAAAAGAAAAGUCAAAUGAAAGGCUUGUCCCACCAAAAGGAUUGAUUCCAUUUGAAGAUAUAAAAAUAGAAAAUUAUGAUGAAGAUUUAUUAACAUCAACAACCAAGUCUAUGUCAGCCAAAACUUCUGAACCAAAUAAUACGAGUAUAAGCUCGAGUCCUGCUCUAACUUUAUCAUCGUCUUCAACUCCUACUGGCUUAGGAAAACCCACACAGGUUGGUUCUGACCCCCUUUUGAUUACCAUAGAUCCUAAUUUGGUUAAAACCGAAGUUCUCUCAGAAGACGAUUCUUCGGUUAAUUCUAUACCAACUGAAUCUACACCAACUCAACCUUCAAUGACAGUUGUUGUAAGCCAACAUUCGACAAUAGCAACAAAUAAUAAUAACACCCAGAAAGUGAUUGAACCACCCCGUCUCGUCGGAGAGACAAUGAUUAAAAGAAUAGUUGUACGUAGUCUAGAGUCAUUGACAAUGCAACCCCCAUUUUUUAAAAUAGCUCCAGCACCAGUUAAUUCAAAUUCAAACAAAAUGGCUAGUACUCCUUUAUCGGUUAUUACUUCAACGGGAUCAGGAACUUUGUCAGCAGUUGCAACGGCAAACGCACAAUCACAAUCAAAAAAACAACAAACAGCCAGAGCACGUAAGUCUUUUCCUAACAAAGGUCCAAAUCAAACGACAGUGAUGUUGCCGCCAGACGUUAGGCGUUCAUUGACAAAGAAUAGUAUGGUGUACAUACCUGGCGAUAAUCAAAAGAAUUCUAUACCCAUAAAAACGGCCGUUUCUAAAACACAUAAUCAACCUAUGGUGAAGGUAACAUGUGCAGCAACCGUCGAUCCAACAACAACGAAUGCAACUCAAAAUCACGCAGUGAUUUCUGUUAGCCCCACCACAACGACCACCACAUCCUGCACUAUAUCCCUGCCGUCUUCAGUUGCAAUAUCAUUGCCAGCGCCGAUAUUAGCCAUUAAUCCUAUAACCGUAUCAGUGGCUUCAGUUACAACGGCUAAUAAUAUUAGUUUGACGACAACAUCAACGACAGUUGUGACGAAUUCAACCAGCUAUCGUUCAGGUUACAACCCAAUGAUAAGUACAAAUAUAACUCCGCCCGAAAGGAUACAAAAUGAAGAAAUCGAUAAGAGUGAACGAGAAGCAGAAGGGCAUAUUCUGUCGGGAAUUGUGACGCCAAACUUAGCCGCAGCUAUAACGGACACAAUAGUGUGUGGGCCGCCGCGAUUAUCGCAUAAACCGAACGGAGCACUGCGAUCAGAUGGCAAUUAUGGGUUUAAUUCGGAUGCUGGUCCAGUGUGUAGGACGCUUGUUGAAAGUGCCCAUAAGAUUACAGACUUCUUCAUCUCGGUCAUGCAAGAUACUGUAAGUGAUAUGGCAAACGCAGAUGUCCUACCUGCUAAAAUUGCCGAACUUCAAAUGGAGUUGGAAACAAAAACGGCCGAAUAUGAAAAACGUUUGUUCGAGCUCAAACAAAAUACCGACACAAUGUUGUGUGAAAUGAAGAAAAGUAUGGAGACUGAAAGGCUACGAAUUAUAGCCGAAACACGAAAACAAUGUGAAAUCGAAAGAAUCCACGCGGUCGAACAAACCAAAAAAAGACAAUGGUGUGCAAAUUGUGGGCGUGAAGCCAAUUCCUAUUGUUGUUGGAAUACCGCUUACUGUGAUGCCAAUUGUCAAAGUAUCGAUUGGAAUCGACACAAACCUAAUUGCUGUCAAGUUAAUCCGCAUCUUAAUACUGAUGGACAAGGUCCCGGUGUAUUAUUCUCCUCACCGACAAUUUUUUCAAGCUGUUCGACAAUAACAACGCCAAGCAUUCAGACAACACCAGGCUAUAUGCCAAACCAACCAAUUCAUCUAUACCAGACCACAUCUACAAUUUCCACAGCCACAUCUGCCCAGACUUCAAAUGCACCCACAUCCACACCCACAAUCGCAACAACGAAGACUAGCGCCAGUCCACAUAAUGCCAGCACCACCUGUGCAUCAGCCACCACUGAAAUGGCAUAUAAAAGCAAAGAAGUGCUAAAGCUUCCCCCCAGCACAUUUCUCAGAGCAAUAUCGCCAAAUGUUCGAAUGUCAAGUCCACCAAUUCAUCGAUUUAAUAUACCACUUCCAAUAAAUACUGCGGCAACAACCGGUGGGCCGCCAUACACGCUGGUCAAUCGUGAAGGAAAUUGGGAACUCAUGGGCACACAAUCAACGUCAAACGUUUUUCUGCCCCAAACUUUCCAACAUCAGCCACAACGCUUAAUAACCACGGUAACUGCAAACUUAUCGCCGGACAAUAGAGCUCUUAACUCAAUAACAGUACGGCAAAACCAAAUGUGAUAGCGCAUAAUUAUCAUGCUAAAGGUUACAAUAACCCAAUCACGUGUAAAUAUACAAAUAUACACAAAUCUUUUUCAAUCCCUAUAUAUUUUGAAUAUACAAGUAAUGAAUUAAAAGUAUUUUCAUUUGAAUAUAUGCGGUGCGAUUCUAAAAGAUUUCUAGUUUUUAAGUUGUAUAUAUAGAAUAAAGAAAACAUGCACGCCUCAUAUGUUAAAAUACAGCAUUUGUUUCAGUUAAAAAUUUCCACAUUAUCCUGUAUAUAAACAAAAAUAUUGCUCAUCUCUACUGCUGUAUUCAAACAGAUGGGGUUUUUUUAUUUUAAAAAAUGAAAAAUAACUAAGAUUUAGAUUAAUAUAAAAUAAUUUAAAAUUUAACGAAAACAACAAAAUCAACACACUAUUUUCAUUAUUAUCUUUUUAAGUUAAGAUAUUUAAUUGUUUUGGAUAACUCGACUGUUAUAUCUGAUGUUAUUAAUAAACUACUGAAAAUUGGUGAGAUAAAUUUUAAAUAAUUAUAUUAAAAGUAUGUAUAUUUAAUAAUUUAUCAUUAAGACUAAGAAACUUGUAAUCAUUGAAUAUCCGAAUUCAGAUAUAAAAUAAAGAAUCAAAUAAAAAAAAA